AUGGGCUGCCAGAACAGAAAAGUCGUUCUUUUUCUCGACAACUGCUCCGCACAUCCCAAGGACACUGCGUCGCUGCGGAACGUAAAGGUAGUUUUUCUUCCUGCCAACACCACAAGCCACCUUCAGCCCUUGGACGCUGGAAUAAUAAAAAAUGUAAAGCACUUCUACCGCAAGUGCAUUGUAAAGCGGUCCCUGGCCAGCGUGGAGCGUGGGCAGCAGCCGGCAGGCGUCACCAUCUUAGAUGCCAUGCAUUAUUUAGCAUCGGCGUGGAGCGCCGUCACUGCUGCUACAGUUGAACACUGCUUCAACAAGUGUUUCGGUGUGCGCGCAGAUGACACAACAGAAGCUGUUGGAGACGGUGCGUUCACAGACUGCGACGAACUGAACACUGCCAUGGAGACUGUUGGUGCCAGUGGAAUCGCGUACAGUGACUACGCUUCUGUUGACGACGCCGUUGUCACCUCCGCGAUGUUAUCCGUCGACGACAUCGUGGCUGAGUGCGCCGAUCCGUGCGCCAGUGACGAGGAAGUUGAGGAGGAGGUGGAGCGGAUACCGGAGCCAACGUUCUCAUCGGCCGUAGCGGCACUGGAUUUAUUGCGACGAUAUGUGCGCACCAGUGACGAUGGCGAGAGCCACAUGGCACUACAGGUGCUUGAAAAACGCCUUGUGCUUGUCGGGCGUGAGAAGAUGCGCCAGGCAACGCUGCAUGAUUUUUUCAAGCGAAAGAAUUAA